AUGAAGGAAAUCCCCUCGUUGACGGUGGAGCACCAUGCUGAAGGCAUCGUUGAAUUCCACUCGGUUUCACCCAAGCAACCGAUCACAUUCUUGAGUUUCUCCAUCACAACGCUGAAGAUAGGGUUUGCUUCCCUCGCAGUCAAGUACAUCCUUGAUUGCUCGGUCGGAUUGUUCCUGCUGCAAUGGCUGAGCCUAGUGCUCUUCAUCCUGUAUCGUCGCCGCCAGAUGAUGGAACGGGAGUCCCUGCUGGUAGUCCACGACUUGGGAAUCCAGGUGCGAAGACGGUAUUACUCGGGGAAGGAGGAAUUCUUCUUUGUGGAGAGAUCGCGCAUUGAAGAUGUGAUCAUCAACGAAGGGAUAGGAUACGCUACUGUGACCUACUACCUGGCCAUCAUAACCAAGUCGGAGAAAGAAAUGCUGCUCGGGUUCUCAACGCUCAUCCCAUGCCUCGACGAUCUCCUCACAGACUCAAACUCGAAAUCGAAUCGUGCAGGGAUGCUGAAGCAAGGCACCGAGAAGGAGCAGCAGAAAUUUAUUCAUCUGUAG